AUGUCAAACCAAGCAAAAUCACAGACUGACUCAUCUUGUCAGGCUGCUCCACCUACAGCUGACCAAUUAGCAUACCCCGCCUCAAAUAUUUUUACUUCGUCCACCGGCAUAGUGUCUUCUUCGAUGCAUUCCGUGUCACCAGAUCACACCACAAACUCUCCACAAGCGCUACCAUCUAUAAACAACCCAUCUUCUCAAUUGACCGAUGUUUAUUUGGCUUUUCUUUGCCUACCUACUGCGUGCGCUUUAAUUUUUGAACAGUUCAUGGGGGAAUCGGCCUACAACACCAUACAGUUUGAACCCAUUCUACUGACUCCGCUCUUCAAUGUUCCUACACUAUCAGGUCAGUUGCAAUUGUUGAUGGCUUAUCCAUUUGAUAUUCAGCCCGUUCACUCGGGAUUCCCAUUUGAUUUACUAUACGAAGUUGUUCCAGUUGAAACGACUUACGGUACCACAUGGAGACAGGAAACAUUUGGACCUCAGACUAUCGGAAAAAGUAUGCCAGGUGACUUUAUCCAUCAUGAUCCUUCCGAGCAAAUAAGCUUGGUGCCUGAGAAAGUUGCUACAGCUAACGAAGUGGGGGUGGAUGGUUCUGUGGAAGAUCCUAAAAGAGAUAAAGCAAUGGAGGAUGAGAUUAGUUCACAGGUCAAAAAGACUUCCUGUGCAACAGCCUGCCAUCCACAGUGCUCGCUGUCUUCCUGUCCAUUAACGCCACAUCACGAGAGGUUUAUCGGGAGUUUGAAUAACCUUCCGGACAGUCGUGCUAUAGACGAGACAAGCUCUGUCUUCGAGGCAGUAAAAGAAACAUCCUUGGUGUCACACUCAAAAUCAAGAUCAGUAGUCCAAGCAACUCAUGAACGAAUCCCAACCUCCGUCUUUGCAAUGAAGCCAGGGGCGACCAAAAACCAGCAAGACCUGUUGUCAUUGGCAGCGGUUGACCGUUUCCAUUCGGAUAUUUCAACGGCUGCUGGCGUAAUUCGAGAAGUUCACUCUAACAUGGGUACUGAUCAAAACUGUGGGAGAAACCUGCACAUUGAUUCGGCAGCCACUGGC